UACAAUACGAUACAUCUUCAAACUUCAAAACCCUCCCUCUGAUUUCCGUACAAAUCCUUCUCUCUCUCUCUCUCCCUCCACAGUUAUCAAUAAUUCGUUUCUGGUGGAGCUCCCUUCAGUCUCAUAUUUCUUUAUGUAUAUUUUUCCACUGUAUCUAUUUGUAUAUAAUCUCUUUGUCUGACUUUGACGAAAUCUUUGAUUUCUCUAUCUGGGUUCUUGGUAUUUCGUGGCGGGAGAAUCGAAUUGGCGGGAACCAACGGUCAUUUCUGAGGUUCUGGGAGCUGGGUUUUGCUGGGAUUUGGGUUGGGAAUUGAAUUUGUGGGGUUCUACUUUUGGGAUUUUAGUUUAUAGUUCGAUUGGAUAUUGAUGGCUAACCCGUCCGGGAACCAUCAAGAGGCGUCGUCAUCUUCGUUCAACGGUCACGUGGCCGCAGGAGGGAACCCGAGUAACGGGAAUUCAGGGGCGCCGCCGGAGAACCACGCCAUGAAGCACAACCCAGGUAUCUCCUUGGACUGGACCGCGGAGGAGCAGGCCAUACUCGACGACGGGCUCUUAAACUUUAAAUCAGAAUCAAACAUAAUUCGGUAUGCAAAAAUAGCCAUGCUACUCCAAAAUAAGACAGUCCGGGAUGUGGCAUUGCGUUGCAGAUGGAUGACUAAAAAAGAAAAUAGCAAGAGAAGGAAGGAAGAACACAAUUUAACAAGGAAAAACAGAGAUAAAAAGGAAAGAGUCAAUGAUGCUUCAGCUAAGCCAUCUCCCUUUCCGGCACGGCCUGUUCCCCCAUUUCCUCCACCUAUUAUCCCUAUGGAUAAUGAUGAUGGCAUCUCAUUCAAAGCUAUUGGUGGUGCUACAGGAGAUCUUCUUGAGCAAAAUGCAAAGGCCUUAAAUCAGAUUUCUGCAAACAUUUCAUCUUUACAGAUACCAGAGAACAUCAAUCUCUUCUGUCAAACUCGCGAUAACAUCCACAAAAUCAUGAAUGAGUUGAGCUUGAAUGACACGCCAGAAGUAAUGAAGCAAAUGCCACCACUUCCAGUGAAGAUGAAUGAAGAGCUAGCUAACUCCAUCCUUGGGCGCACAAACCUUCAAAUGCAAUAAUCCAUUAUCCUGCCUUAUAUCCUUAUUUAGGCUUUGCAUCUGUUCCCAAGGCAUGUUAUGGCCUCUCAGUCCAAUGAUGGUCCUGCAUCAACUGGGAUUUUUUCCAAUGAAAUCCUGACAUCCAAACAAGGAAAUAAUUCUCUACCAAGUUGACCAUGGUGCCAAUUCAAAGAUGUCCUGACCCAAUUGUUUCUAUGUGCAGAAAGUCAGCUUUUCUUUGGUUUUUUCUUUGUUAAUUUUUCUUGUUUGGUUCUACAAAUUAUUUUGCACAGUAUACUGUUACUUAGAUGUGGUUCAGAAAUUGGGGAAUAAGGAUUGUUUUGUUAUCUUUCUUAAAAAUUAGGGAAUUAAUUAAUAGUAAAUUUUAGUGUCAUUUGGGUUGAUUUUUUUUUUUUUUUUUUUUUUUUUCUGUUGUAGUUUGGUGCUUUUAUUUUAUUCUCCAAUAAUUUCCUACAGCUUAUCACCUCUGAACUUGAGUAGGUUGGGUUGCAAUUUAGACUCAGAAUUGAACCAACUGACCUCGGUUUAAAUUGUAAUUUACAUAUUAAUAUACAAUUAUACGGUGUAUGUAUCUCUAGAUACUAUAUAUAAUUGGAACAUCUAAUUUGUUAAA